UGGCCGCGGCCAGUGCACGUUCAUCUCGAACGCGGAACGCAUCGUGUGUAUUCUGUCGCAGCUUCGUUACCGAGUGCUUCAUCGGGCGACCCUAUCGUGUGCACGAUGUCGGUACGACGUACGUGACGAGGGGGAGGUCGGUCGCGAUUCUAUUAUGCGAGCCAGCGUUCGUCGAAGGGAGAAGUUUUCGCGGAAUGAUCGAAUCUUCCCGUUCCUCGAUGCCUGGCAAUUUUUUCGUCCGUUUUCCUUUCCCUUGAUACUGCUCGAAUAAUUUGACGCUGACACUUCUCCUUCCUUCCGAAUUAUUCCCAUUGUUUAUCUACUAAUCCUAAGUUUGUCAGCGCGCGAAUAUCGGACGCAAGCUUGCGUCGACGAGUGAUUUUCGAGUCGCAACUAGCUCGAUAUAUGUUGACCGUACGAUAUUUCGAUCUGUAACGCAGUUCUGUAACACAGCGGCUGUGGGUCGAUCACGUGCGUCCCCUCGUGACUGCAUCCUCUCUGCCAGUGAACAUCUCCUUAUCGCGCGCGUGUGACAAAUCGAGAAUCGAAAGAGUUUGUAUCGUCAAACGUCUCGCAAAGUGAACUUUAGCGCGAUGAACAUCCCCGUCUCAUUUGGCUUGUAAUUGUGUGGCCGGCGAGAUAAAGGAUAUUAUAAGAUAGAGAAGAGGAUAAAGAGGAAGAAGAGGACAGAGGAAAACCGCCGACAGGGCGGUCGUCGAGAGGGACGAGAGCAAAAUGAGGGCUCCGUUGCUCCUCUUGGGCGGCAUUGUUGUACUGUCGCUCGCGGUGGCGAGAGCUCUCUCGUGUGUGUGCUCGCCGCUGGAGUGCGACGUUCUCACCGACGAGGACUGCCCUGGAGGCCUCACCUGGGAUCCCUGCAGGUGUUGCAAAGUAUGUGCGCGUGUCGAAGGCGAACCUUGCGGCGGUCUCUUCGGUUUUUCGGGCAGCUGCGCCAUCGGUCUGCAAUGUGUAAUCACGAAUCUACUACCCCGCAGUCGAGAAAUGGACGAGGGCGUGUGCACGAAGAUCCCGGGCAGAUGGAGGAGGCAUUGUCCGCACGGGCCGAUGAUGUCGGGUCCCGGGUGCAACCUGGUCGGCGAGGGAACCACGGCGGCCGAGACCGGAAAUGCAGCGGCCGCUGGCAAAUGCGUUUGCGGUCCAUCGGUGCCCUGGUGCCCGGGUGAGCCGCGGCCCUACAUGUACACGUACGCUGCGUGA